AUGUCAGCAGAUGUAGAGAAAACACAUCUGGAAAUAAAACCGGAAGAAAUUAAAGUUGAAGAGGAGGAGAAUACCCUGCUAGAGUCAGAGUCCUUGAUAGACUGUCCUACAGUAGAGAUAGACAGUGACAUGAACCAGGAUGAGGAUACUGUAUGUUUAGAGAAUGAUGAUUAUAUCAGACAAUCAGAGAGUGACUUAAAUGUUUUCAGAGACAGUAGUACAACCAGCACAGCAGAUGUAAGCUUUACCAGUGAUGUACGUACAGCAGAGAGACAUGAUACGUCGCAUGGUUAUGGUUUGGAGU